AUGCAGGAAUUUGAACGUGUAAAUGUAAGGAGAUCAGCUGUGGAUUUGGAUGAGUACAGAAAGAAAGCAACAGUAAUUGUGGAGGAAUACUUUAUCACUGAUGAUGUUGUUUCGACGGCAAAUGAAUUGAGAGUGCUUGGAAUGCCUAGCUAUAACUACUAUUUUGUAAAGAAGCUUAUCUCUCUUGCUAUGGAUAGGCACGACAAAGAGAAAGAGAUGGCUGCUAUUCUAUUAUCUGCUCUUUAUGCCGAUGUCAUUGAUCCGCCGCAGGUUUACAAAGGAUUCAGGAAAUUGGUGGAAGCUGCAGAUGACUUGAUUGUUGAUAUCCCAGAUACGGUUGAUGUUUUAGCAUUGUUCAUAGCUCGAGCUGUAGUUGAUGACAUUCUCCCACCUGCAUUUUUGAAGAAACCAUUGGUUUCCUUGCCUAAGGAUUCCAAAGGAGUUGAAGUGUUGAAAAGGGCUGAGAAAGGAUAUCUUACGGCUCCUCUUCAUGCAGAAAUUAUAGAAAGGCGAUGGGGAGGCAGCAAGACUAAGACAGUUGAGGAAGUGAAGGAGAGGAUGAACAAUUUGUUGAUUGAGUUUGUGGUGAGUGGUGACAGAAAAGAGGCCUGCAGAUGCAUCAAAGAAUUGAAAGUUCCAUUUUUUCACCACGAAAUAGUUAAACGGGCUGUUAUGAUGGCAAUGGAGAGACGCCAAGCUGAAGCAUCGUUACUAGAUUUGCUGAAGGAAGCUUCUGAAGAAGGUUUGAUCAAUUCUAGCCAAAUAACAAAAGGGUUUAACAGGAUUAUCGACACUGUGGAUGAUUUAUCACUUGACAUACCAAAUGCUAGAGGAAUAUUGUAUACAUUGAUUUCGAAGGCAGCAUCCGAGGGCUGGUUGUGUGCUUCAUCUUUGAAAUCACUCUCAUUGCAGCCAGGAAAGAGGUCGCUAGAAGAUAGUGCUUGUAAAAUCUUUAAAAAUAAGGCUCAAUCAAUCAUUCAAGAGUAUUUCUUGUCUGGUGACAUUUUAGAGGUACGAAGUUGUCUAGAUUCAGAGAACAGCAGUUCUUCUGAUGAACUGAAUGCUAUCUUCGUCAAGAGGCUAAUAACUCUUGCCAUGGAUCGAAAGAAUAGAGAAAAGGAAAUGGCUUCUGUUCUGUUGUCAUCUUUAUCUUUCCCUGCUGAUGAUGUUGUCAGUGGAUUUCUAAUGUUGCUAGAAUCAGCAGAUGACACUGCUCUCGACAACCCAGUUGUUGUCGACGACCUCGCAAUGUUCUUGGCUAGAGCAGUGGUGGACGAAGUCCUGGCACCCCUACACUUGGAAGAGAUUGCAAGCCAGUUUUUGGGGCGAGAAUCAAUCGGGAGCAAAGUGCUGCAAAUGGCAAAAUCAUUGCUGAAGGCUAGACUUUCCGGGGAGCGGAUACUAAGGUGCUGGGGUGGUGGGGGCAGCAGCAGGCCAGGUUGGGCAGUUGAGGACGUCAAAGACAAGAUAGGAAAGCUGCUAGAGGAAUAUGAGUCCGGAGGAGAUGUACGGGAAGCUUUCCGGUGCAUAAAGGAGUUAGGCAUGCCAUUUUUUCACCAUGAGAUUGUUAAGAAAGCAUUGGUGAGUGUCAUUGAGAAGAAGAAUGAAAGGCUCUGGGGCUUGCUCAAGGAGUGUUUCGGGUCAGGACUCAUAACCAUGAAUCAAAUGACGAAAGGUUUUGAGAGAGUGGAAGAAUCUCUCGAUGACUUAGCCUUGGAUGUGCCUGAUGCUAGGAAGAAAUUCAUACAUUAUGUUGAAAGAGCGAAAGCUGAAGGCUGGUUGGAAUCCUCAUUUUCUGUCACCAAACUGGAACAUAAACAAGAGAAUGGAUAUUGUUAAAACCAAUUGGUAAAUUCUGCAGUCUGCAGAAUUAUAAGCUUGGUCACAAACUUGUUACUAGCAUUUGGCGACGACGGAGUAUGUACGGUAUCGUAUGAGUAUCAUAGAAUGAGUUUAUAUUAAUAUAUUUUUGGUGGAGUCUAAAUAAUCCAGCCGCAAGUGUUGGAUGAAUGUAGGAGCUACUUGUAGAGCUUUGUUAUUUCUUGUAGGUUAUGUAUGUAUUUUUGAGAAAGUAAUUAAAUAUGCAGUGGAACCUGAAAUAUGUUUU